CACCGGGGUCAUUAGGCUGUAGUUAGCGCCGUCUCCGGAUUGACAUAUAACACGAGACAACGUAUAUACUCACCCUAGAUGAGCUCAGAGGAAGACGAGUUUUUCGAUGCACCGGAAGCCUUAGGUUGUGGUUACAGUUGCCGAAAUUUCAGCGACAAUGAGGAUGAGCUAAUUCGCACCUCUUAUGACUUCGAUAGUCAGAAUGCUCGUCGCCGAAGCCGCGUGGAAUCCAUUAAGAAGAAUUUGUUGGAUAAAUCCUUUUCUUUGGGCUAUUCCUCUGGAAUCUCAAAUCCUAAGACCAAAGGUGAAAAAAAUUCUCUUUCGCUCCGCAAUACGAGUGAUGUUAUCUCUCCUACAAGUAGAAUACAUCAAUCAGAGGUUGAAAUCGCUGAUUUAUUAAGUGGGAAAGAAGUAUUCAGUUCAGACCAAGAGUUACUACAGAGACUUAGUUUAUACUCUAAACCGGAUUUCCGUUUCCUAAGUUCACAACAAGAGAAUCCAAGUCUACCUCCAUACAUAAACUUCCCAGAACCAUCUAUAACUAACCACCUAAGCUUACUGAAUAGUGAUAAUGCUCAAAAGCAACUAAUGAAAACACAAUUUGCCGAAACACAGACUAUCUUUCGAGAAAGUGAGUCAUUGCAAUAUCCUACCGAGUGUACAUUUCGACCGCCUAUCGAUGUUGCUUUGUACGGCCAUUCAAUUGCAACUUCAACUAAUCCUCCAUCAACAUACAGAUUUAUGCAUCCAGUCAUGAAUAAUGAUGGCGUUUUAUCUCAUCUACCUGCUGAUACUAAAGAAUAUAAUUUUUCUGGGGAUGCAAAUCUUCCGGUAGUUCAACAUCUCAGGUCUCAGGUGGUAUCAUCAACACCUGAGGUAUCAAAUCGAAGUGCGGAUGCUAAACAUCUCUUGGAUUAUGUUAAAUCUUGGUCGUUGGAUGCAGCUAGACAACAGGGUUCAGGAAUAACAGUCAAUGGAACCGCAGCACUGAAUCGUAUAACAAAUACUAAUCUCCCGCCACAUCCAACAAAACAACUGGACUCGACUGCUAUCAAGUCAUUGUAUAGCACAGCAUUUAAUCAUGCACAAUAUGAAUCCAUAUUCCCACAAUCGACUAUUUCUACCGCUGCUGCUACUACUGCUCUCACUACCUAUAAUCGAACUGGUGGUGAGCCUUUAGAUCUGUGUUCGCGUCAAUCACUCAGACUAGUUAGUACUAGUGUACAAACUGAUUUAAAUUUGAAUGAAAGAAGUAGCCAUGUGGGAAAUGAAGGAACAUUAUUUAAUGGUGAUAGAUAUUGUAAUACAGUGACAUCGGGGAAUAGAUCUACUAUUGGUUAUGCUGCUGCCGGUGGUGGUGAUGGUACUAUUGGAGGUGGUGGUGGCAGUGGUGGUGAUAAAAUGGUCAAGUCGUGUUCAGCUACACUGAACAGUGAAAAACAGCCCGUCAAUCCUAUUGAGAUACAGUUCCGUGAUCGUACAAAAAGCAAUUCAAGUCUUCCACUCACUCCACUGACUGAACAGUCAACUGAUUUCUCGACCACAUGUGAACUAAAUUCAACCGGCGUAUUAGGUAAAAUGUUGAAAAUUCAAAAGUACUUUCGUGGCGCUGUAAGUGCAAUGAAAUCUGCAACUAAAAAUAAAAUUUUCAAUCCAGACGAAGAGUCGUCUGAUGAAGAUGAAGAGGUUAUUGGAAAUCAAGGUAUUCGUUUAAGGUCAUCUAGACAGGCAAGAGGAAGACGUGAAUUCCUUCAAAUCAAACUAGUUCAAGAAAUGAAAAAUGAACACACUGGUGCUAUAUGGGCUAUGCGUUUUUCACCUUGUGGUCGACUACUAGCCACUGCUGGAUAUGAUCGGAAUAUUCGAAUAUGGGUUUUACGCCAGUGUUAUUCAUAUUUCAAGGGAAUGCAACGAAGUUCUACUCCACCUCCUACUAAUACCAAAUACAAUUCAGUGAAUACAUUCAUGACAAAUACCUUUAAUACUGCAAAUAACGAUACUGUAUCAAAUGUGAUGUUGGAUGAAGAAAAUCGGUUGGAUACACUGAGUCUGGCAUCAACCUCGAUAUCAACGUCAGGUAAAACUGACUUUAGUGAAGCUGAUGGAGCGUCUAGUAGCAGUUCUGCACCCGGAUGUUCUGGUGUUCAUCUUGGCGUCACUGAUGAUAGGCCUUCACCACCAUCAUCCAGUUGUGGGAGUACAAAAAAUAAUUUAAAACAUCCAAUAUCUGUACCGGCAAUAGUAAUGAAUCCAGCAUCAACAGCAUCAUUACCUCAGAUUGUUGUAUCCGAUUCACAAAGAGAACGUAAAACUGUAUUCCGUUCUAAACCAUUGCUAGUUUUAAGAGGUCAUGAAGGUGUUGUCACUGAAUUAGCCUGGUCAAAAAAUUUAUUCCUUCUAGCAACUAGUAUGGAUCAUCAAGUUCGUCUUUGGCAUAUUAGUCGACGUGAAUGUCUCUGUGUAUUUAGUCAUAAUGAUACUGUACCGACAAUUGUAUUUCAUCCAAAGGAUGAUCGUUACUUCCUGUCUGGAAGUUUAGACGGGAAACUUCGACUAUGGAAUAUUCCUGAUAAAAAAGUUCGUUUUUGGGUUGAAGUUCCUGUACCGAGUGCUUUACCAGUCUCGACAACUUCUCUGUCUUCAGCAUCUUCAUCAAAUACUGUGACCAGUUUGUUUACACGUUCUAGUCCAUAUAACAAUUCACAGUAUACAACAUCUAUCCUUGGUUUAUCCAAAGGUGGUGUGGGACCUAAAACAGUGAUUACUUGUGCAACAUUUGCUUGUGAAGGUACCAAAGUUGUUGUCGGGACAUACGAUGGACGUGUAUUGUUCUUCAAUAGUGAGUUGUCAUACAUAACUUUUAUAACAAUCAAAUCUGGUACUACAAAAGGUCGUCAUUGUCGUGUGACAGCAAUUGAAUGUGAUCCAGCUGAUUCUAAUAAGAUUCUUGUCACAUCAAACGAUUCACGUCUACGGUUAGUCGAUGCUCGUGAUUAUCAUACCUUGUGUAAAUAUCGGGGAUUUGUCAAUGAAACUAGUCAAAUUCGUGCAUCUUUUAGUCCAACUGGUCGAUAUUUAAUAUCAGGUUCAGAGAAUGCCUUUUUUUAUAUUUGGCAAAAAUCACUGGAUGUCGACAGAGUAUCACGUUUCUCACGAGUACGUAAAGAUAGAAAUAAUUGCUGGGAGGCAAUAAAAGCGCAUGAUACAAUGGUCACUGUAGCUGUCUUCAGUCCUAAUCCAAACCUAGUGCUGGAUAAAAACUAUUUUAAACAAAGAACACAGAAUUCCAGUUUGAUUGCUUCAAAGCAUUCUGAUGCAAAUCUCAAAUAUCAUUAUUAUCGUCGUAGACAAUUGAGCUCAGAUCAAUUACCAAUCAUCUCUACUAGUGGUAAUUCGAAUGUCGAUAGACAAACAUGGAUGUAUUUAGGCGAGGUUGUUGUCUCAGCUGAUUGUAAUGGGUGUAUUCGAGUAUUCAAGAAGUAUGCAUCCAGUGAAUUGGCACAGUCUACUUCUACUUGAUGAUAUUGAACGGAAAGUUGGUCUUGAAGGGAAGAAUUGUUCGCUGAGGUGUAUGCCAGCUAGCCUGUAAAGUCUUUUUAUAUUUAUCAUUCUUGUAUAUAUAUGUAUGCAUACGUAUAGUGUGGCGUUUCUUCGCUUGUUGUGCAUUCCCUUCCACACAUAUUACUUAAUUACGGUGCGCCUGUCGUGUCUGUCUUACACAACCUCAAUUCAAUUGCUCAAUUGUUUUGAAUAAAUAUGUAUUCUUUUUUGUUAUUAUUAUUUUGUAUACUCAUUUUUAAAACUUUAUUUCGGUUUUAUGAGGUUUCACAUUAGUUUUCCUUAAUAUAUUUUUUAUUUUUCCCUAACUUUAGUGACUUUAAUAUGCUUUUCCAUUGCUAUUUUUCUCACCGACACAUACACCUACAUAUACUACUUCUAAUAUAUACUACUAUUAAUAAAAAAUUAACCUUUUCAUUACUUGUGUAGUAAUUUUGUUAACAACAAGAAUUGUUGCCUAGCUUAUCUUCUUUACUUUGAAUGGUCGAUUAUUGGAAGUGACUAGAUCGACCUGUGUGUAUAUAUAUAACCCAUGUAAUAAUGCAUAAUAGCAACAAUAUGGAGGGUGGCGGGACAGUACUGCAGUACUCUAUACGUUUCACUUAAUAAUUUCUAUUUAGUAAUUUAUUUUAUUUAUUUAUUUAUCUUAACAUUAAUUUCCCUUUUAUUUUAUAAAUUACUUUUCUUACUAUUACACCCUCCUUCGAUAUUAAUGUGUAUAUCUAUAAUGUAUGGCGUAUGUAAACACUGAGUGUGUGUGCGCGUGUGUACAGCGUGUAAAUUGUAUAAGAAAAUUUCAGCUCCGUGUAAUCUCAUCAACGGAGUUAUUCAGUAAUCGAAUCCCAAUGGUUCUUUACCAAAUUUCCAUGUAGCGGUUGGCGAAGUUAGUUAUUUUUUUUAUUUAUUAAAACGUGGUACAUUUUCGUCACGAAGAGAUGCGUCACAUAAAAUCCCAGAGUUUUUUUUGAGGGAUGAGGGCCCACCGCUUGGAACCGUUGACUUGAAGUCUGAUCCACAAGACAGGGGAUCAGUGUCAGGAGUUGCGUCCUCGUGGUUUCCGGUAGUUACCUGGGUUCUGGUGUGGAGUACAGCUGGUCAGAUGUCAAGACAAAUGCUCGCCGAUGACAUUUGCUAGUGGUCGCGCCAUACCAUGAAUCGACAGAAG